GCCUGGUGGGCUACAAACAUCCCGGUAGACAUGCUGCCGAAUCAAUAGUGACUCAAUUGCAGUGCGUGUGCUCUGAAAAAAAACCAUAACAUUCAUGAGACACUUUGGGAUGAAUCAGAACAUGAGAUCGGGGUGAAUAUUUUCAAGAUCCACAGGGUCCUUCUGGCAGUUUGGAUGUGAUCCCCCCAUCCACCGUAGCGCUCAUCUCCUCUCCUGUGUCCAGCAGCUUUCACGCCCCUCUGCCCGCGAGCCAUGGUGGGCUUGUGGCCGCUCCUGGGCCUCCAGUUGGCCGUGAGCGUCCUGUGGUCCGAGGCUGCCCCGCUGGUGCCCGAGGCUCCGGGGACCUUCGCGCCCCCCUCGGGGGCACCGGGCUGCGCCGCCCGACAGGACAGACAAGCGCCGGAACAAGCGCCGGAACAAGCGCCGGAACAAGCCACGGAACAAGCCACGGAACAAGCGCCGGAACAAGCGGCGGACGGAUUAGAGCCGCAGCUCGCCCAGCGCUGGAGCUACGAGUGCCCGUCCGUGCCAAGGCUCGCGCCGCCGCCGGUGCCCGCCGCAGAAGCUGAAGCCGCCGCAGCCGAGGACGAGGGAGAGGAGGGAGAGGAGGGAGGGGCGGCCGCCAUCGCCGGGGGAGACCGUGCUCCACUCACGGAGGGCGACCCAGCAACGGAGGGGCUGCUGCAGGGAGGUGCUGUAGAGGAGGAGGCGCGGGGCCAGGUGACGCUAACUACCACCUCCACCACCACCACCACCUCCUCCUCCACCUCCUCCGCUGUGGCUGCUAGCGCGUUAGCGGGCGCACAGAGCCCUGUUGAGGAACGAGGGAGCAGCCCGGCGCUAGUCACCUCCACACCCUCAACUGCCGCCGAGCAGCAGGCGCCAUGGCAACCACCCGACGGGCUCGCAGACGGGCACAGAGACGCAGCGGAGCCAGGGGACAGGGUGGCACACGAGGAGGAGGAAGAGGAGGAGGAGGAGAAGGGAGAUGAGGAGGAGGAGGGUGAAGGAGAGGGUCUGGCACACUUCUUACGCGCCGCCUCAGUCGGCGCCUCUCCUGCAACAGACGGCACGAGGGGCAGAGCCGCUGCCUACGCCGCCACCAGCGCCACCAGCGCCACCACGCCCGCCAUGCCAACGGCAGCGCCACCCUCCGCAGGGCCGUCUGGCCGCGAGACAGAUGGCCGGGGCGCAGCGCAGAUGGCCCAGCAGAGCGGCGACCUCACGCAGGCCGGGGGUCACGCCGCCGCGGGACAGCGGUCAGGCAGCCCCGCACACACCCCGGGCACCGCACACACCCCGGGCACGGGCACGGGCACGCCCGCGCGGGCAGCGCCAGAGGGCCACUGGGGCGGAGACGAGGGCCGCUGGGAGGCAGCGCUGACCCGAGCUCCCCUGGGCACACCCUCGUCUCCAGACUCGGAGAGCGCGAGGGAAGCAGCGUCCACGGCUGCAGAGCGCAAUCCGCCUCCGUCCGGCUCUGUCCAGGAGGGUCUCCUCGGCGCCUCUGUCCAGCCGGGCGACGGCACGACGUGGCCGGUCCCUCACGGCGAGUCCUCGGCGGAGCGCAGGAGCCAGGAGGAGGAGGAGGCGGCAGCAGGGGUCACUUCUCCUGCCGCAGGACUGGACUGGGCGUCUCAGAUCCCGCUCCUCACCCCGAGGUCAGACGCUCCGCCGGCCGAGACGUGGACGGAGGCGGUGAGCCCGCAGGGAGCGGAGGGGCUGGGUGUGCUGUCGUCCUCUCAGGAGGUUGGCAUGGAGCCCGCCAUGUCCUCCGAGGACCUCCCGCUCAUCUUCGAGCCCUUUGAGGACGCCACGCCGGCGCCCCCUGGUGGGAGAGCGCUGGCAUGGCAGCCGCCGGCCCCCACCGCGCUGGCACCGGGCGCGCUGACGGAGGCAGACCUCGGGCGAGCGGUUACCAUGGACGCAGACCGAGCCCUCUCGGAUAUCCCUCCCCCGGGGGCUGCCGAGUGGCCGUCGCCAUGGCAAACGUCUGGCGUGGAGAUGGCAGAGGCUGGCGAGACGUCCCCGUGGCCAAUCAGCACGCUGUAUCCCAGGAGACCAGCGGACCACACAGGUGCUGACAUCACGCAGAACCCUGGGAGGACUCCUCCCACCAUCUCUGCCACCCUAUCAGCCAGCGUCACUCAGCAAAGCCCCAUGGCAACUGUUACCAAGGCAGCACACUUUCCAGCGGCCAGACCCAAAUCUGGGUUGGAGGAGCUGGAAUCUGAGGAAGAGGAGGAUGAGGAGAACGAGGACACGGAGGACUCUGAGGAAGAGGAGGAGGAGAGUGAUGAAGAUCUGACGGACGGAGCGGUGCCAGGCCCCGCCCCCACACGCCCCCCCUACAGCCUCAUCCCCCCUCCCCCCGUCUGGGUGCAGCGCAACCAGGGCCUCGGUGAGUAG